AUGGCAGACUCGUCAGACCAGCAAGCGCAGCUGAGCGAGGCCAAAGACACGAACACCCGAGAGCCACGUGGCACCGACGAUACCACCACCACCACCGCGGUGUUAACGCCACCACAGGUUCCCGUUUCAACACACUGUCCGCUACUCGAGCUACCACCUGAGCUCAGGAACAGCAUAUGGGAGUACGCUGUGACAGAGCAAGCGAAGCUCCCGCUAGACGGAGGCAUCCCAGAGCUACCCCUGCUCCUGGCCUGCAAGCAAAUCCGCGAGGAAGCAUGGCCAAUCUUCUACCUUCAAAACAAGUUCACUGUGCGUGACACGGACUACAACAGCGAUAUCUACACUCACACCACGAAGCGAUCGCGCGAGCUCAAACGGCGGUACAAGAUCCGCUUCCAGUACAAAACCAUCGGCACAAGGAUGCCCAAUUGGCCCAAUCUUAUGACUCGGCUUCACCGCUAUCAUGAAGGCUUGGUGAGUCAUCACUUCAUCAAGCCAUCACGUGUUCCAAAAUCAGAGUCGGUAACAAAUGGUCUGCUCGGGGUUAUGUUCAAGACCGUUGAAAACUCCAAGAGCAGGUCCUGGGCUCAGGUUGAGAUGCUGUUGGAGGAGUACCACCGAGUUCUGGUGAGGAUAGAUGCACGAUGGGAGUGA